GCACAGCAUCUAAAUUACUAAACCCUUCCCCUUCACUUCUCCAACCUCAACAGGCAUCGCAACAGCCAACCACGACACCUCAAGCUGUCUCUCGAACCCACCAAUAUCAAACAUGGCAAUAGACAAAACCGACCCGAACCCGAACGAAUCUAAAACGAGCAAGCUCCGAUGGGGAGAAUUAGAGGAAGACGACGAUUUGGACUUUUUAUUGCCGCCUAAGGAAGUUAUCGGGCCAGACGAAAACGGGAUAAAGAAAGUGAUCGAAUACAAGUUUAACGAGGAUGGUAAUAAGGUGAAAAUAACGACGACGACCCGAGUCCGAAAGCUGGCGAAGGCCCGGUUGAAUAAACGGGCUUUGGAGAGAAGGCAUUGGGAGAAGUUUGGCGAUGCGGUUCGUGAAGAUGUUGGGAGUCGCCUCACCAUGGUUUCCACUGAAGAGAUCCUUCUUGAACGACCCAGAGCCCCUGGUACCAAACUGGAAGAAAUAAAGGUAGCAGGGGACAGCUUGUCUCAACUUAGCAAAGGAGGAGCUGUUCUCAUGGUGUGCAGGACAUGUGGUAAGAAAGGUGAUCACUGGACUUCCAAAUGUCCUUACAAGGAUCUUGCUGCUCCUGUUGAAACCUUUGUUGAUAAGCCUGUGACUUCCGAGACCUCUAUGGCUGCUUCUGGAGCUGGAAAGGGAGCCUAUGUCCCACCAAGCAUGAGAGCCGGUGCUGAGAGAACUGGUGGAUCGGAUAUGAGACGUAGGAACGAUGAAAACUCCGUGAGGGUAACGAACUUAUCUGAGGAUACCCGGGAGCCAGAUUUGCUUGAGCUUUUCCGCACAUUUGGUCCAGUGACUCGCGUGUAUGUUGCUAUGGAUCAGAAGACUGGCACAAGUAGAGGAUUUGGCUUUGUUAACUUUGUAAACAGAGAGGAUGCUCAAAGAGCCAUUAACAAGCUCAAUGGAUAUGGUUAUGACAAUCUCAUCCUGCGAGUUGAGUGGGCCACACCAAGAACAAACUAGAAUAUCAUCAUCAUCAUCAUCAUCAUGGCAUUUAGCAUAUUUUCCAAACAUUGUUUACAGUUGCAAUUCACUGCCUGUAACUGCAGUUUUUGACCCUUCUUUUGAAAAUUUAUUUUCCUGCGUGAUUCUGUUAUCUGAUACCUGAGAUUUUAUUUAUUUAAGUUGAAUAAUUGGUUAUCAUGGUUAGCUCUAUUGUGUCUAUGUUAUUGUUUUCUGUCAAUUGAGAAUUGGUUAAGUGAAGGAAUAUGAAAAGUGACAAAAGGGUUCUCUUUUAUUUA